AUGGCCAAGACAUUAGCACAAGGCCGGAAACCAGGUAGUGGUCGGAAACCAGGUAGAGGUAAAACCCUUCGUGAAGGGAGGAAACCAGGUAGUGGACGUAAGAAACGUGAUACGACGAGUCCUACCGAAGGGAUAAAUUAUAAUAAUAGUAACAAUAGCAAUAGUAAUAACACGCAACAGGUUCAACCAAAUAGUGUGACAAGUACAGCUCCAAUCAAUAUACCUAUACCUAUAUCAGGACCUAUGGCAACAGCCAUACCAAUGAACAUGUCAUCUGGAAUGAAUAAUAAUCAUGUCUCUAACGGUAUGGCCAACACAUCAGGUAAUAAUAACUAUGGAGUUGUUAUUAACGGGGCAGAAAAUGUAGCAUUCACCUCAAGGGAUAUGGAGGCAGUUGAUGCGCUUCGGGAGUUGACAUACAGUCCUCAGUUUUCACCUCCAAUGAAUUCUCUCCCUACAGCAUUACCCCCGAUUGUUCCAAGUAGGUCGUUCCCUGCCAUUAACCGAAUACUCACAACUUCACCCAGACCUGCAAUGAACCAACCAGGCACACUACAAUCACCUACACAACAAGGACCACCACAAUUACCACAACAAUCUAAAUCAGUAACGGGGAUGAUAUCGCCGCCAGUUCUGCCACAACAACCUUUAUCCAUGGCAACGUUUAAUGGUCUUUUAUCGUCACCUUUGCCCCCAUCUAGUAUACCUGUAAGAUCUGGUCCUAUACGACCUGUUCCAAUUUCCAACGGAAACACCACUAAAAGUAAUAACCCUAACAAUAAAAAUUAUGUGGAUUCAAUGCCCACAAGUUUAAAUUUUAUAACUAAUUCGCACGGUAUAAACAACAUUAUGAAUUUAACUAAUAAUGGAACUGGAAUUAACCAAACGAAUACAGAUAUGAAUCUUACAGGUAACGUAGGACCGAUAGGGAACGUGGCCAUGAACAUGAAUAUGAAUGUUAACCACAACAAUAACCUCAAUAAUAAUAACAAUAUUAACAAUAAUAACAAUAAUAUCAUGUAUGUCCCACAACAUCAACUUAAUCCAAUAGAGCAGUCGCUACAGAGACCGCCAGGAGAGAUGACUCCCAAACAGCAUUCUCAACAAUCUCACUUCCAAUGA